AUGACUACGCGCACUACAACCACUACGGCACCCAAAUCCCGCAGUCUCCCUAAUAACUUCAUCUGUAUCUUUAUCAGACGACUUGCAAACAGCUUCGCCUUGAGAAUGCAAGCGAAAGAUGACGAUAAGCGCAGGAAACUCGGCUAUGGUCGUAUAGAGGACGGACCAGACGACAACAGAGUUCCGGGCUACUACAAUCUCACAUCACUUGGGGAAAAGCAGACGAGUAAGAAGUGGACUUUUACGAAGAAAGAUAAACGCGGCUCUUUUCUAUUGACGAAGAAUAUCGACAGCAAAUGGCGAGAUCUCGAGCGAAACAUGACAUUCAGGGUCCCGCGAAAUAUGCUCAUUCCCGUACGAACGAGUGUCCUGUUUGAGAACGCAAUGAACGAAUCCCGAUCGAACGGGGUCCGUGGAAGUAGCCUGAUCAGUCUCACCAACAAGCGAAUCUUCAGCAUGCCGUUCAAUAAUAACGGGAAGGUCUUGCAGGUGACUGGAAAGGUAGACCAUGUAAUCUUCACAGGUGAUCCUAGGAAUCUCGAAGUGGCUUUAGUUGUUCUGAAGGCUAGAAAGAGGGGAAAGGCUAGGGUUUGGACGUUACUUAAGGUGAUGGCUGAAGAGCUAGCAAUGAUUCAUCACGCCCGCAAGAAAGAGAACAUGGACGGAGAAAUCUACGGCAUUGCGACUGACAGCACUGAGUGGGCGUUUGCCCAUAUCGACAAUAAGAGUCGGUACUCUACAUGGUUCCUACAAUGGCGAAAUCAUGGCUUUGAAAUCGUCUCCCAUGUCAUGAGGAUCCUGGCUCAUGCCGGUGCUCGGGCUGCUACAAGCGCCACAAUUAGGGCUUCCACUGCCGCGAGUAGUAAAGCUAGCAUGAAAACGCGCAAUACAGGACCCGCGGGCUGCCGGGUCUAUUGUGAGGAGGAAGUGGGUAUCUUUAUUUGUCAUUAUUCAUGGCAGGGAUUGAUCAAUGCUGAUGGAGGAAGGCUCAAGCAGUCUGCAGCGUUUGAAACUCCAGGUGUGUCUGAGCAAGAGUCAAUCAUGAAGGCCAGGCUGACAGACAUCCCUCUGAUUAAUCCCGAAUCAUUUUGGGACGAUAUGUCGUUUUUAUCUUCAUUUGAUGGCGCUACUAUCCACUUCUCUAUGGCACCCCUUCCCCCUGGCCCUGCCUCCAGCGUGGUUGUAGAAGGCUAA